AUGCCGGGGAACAGCUCCUUCAACGGCUGCCAAGGCGGGGACCUGGCCGCGCGCCCGGACUCCUCGGGGUUGAGCAGCACGCUGCCCUCCGGGAGCCCCCGGCCCCCCUGGGUGGCCCCCUCGCUGGCGGGCGUGCUCAUCGUCACCACCGCCGUGGACGUCGUGGGCAACCUCCUGAUCAUCCUCUCCGUGCUCGCGAACCGCAAGCUCCGCAACGCAGGCAACCUGUUCCUGGUGAGUCUGGCAUUGGCUGACCUGGCAGUGGCCUUGUACCCCUACCCACUGAUCCUCCUGGCAAUCUUCUGUGAUGGCUGGGCCAUGGGGGAAUCACACUGCAAAGCCAGCGCCUUUGUGAUGGGUUUGAGCGUCAUUGGCUCUGUCUUCAAUAUCGUUGCUAUCGCCAUUAACCGCUACUGCUACAUCUGCCACAGUGCGACCUAUCACCGGGCCUGUAGGCACUGGCACGUCCCUGUCUACAUCAGCCUCAUCUGGCUCCUCACCCUGGUGGCCUUAGUGCCCAACUUCUUCGUGGGAUCUCUGGAAUACGACCCGCGCAUCUACUCCUGCACGUUCAUCCAGACAGCCAGCGCGCAGUACACGAGGGCCGUGGUGGUCAUCCACUUCUUCCUCCCCAUCACCGUAGUGAUCUUUUGUUACUUGCGAAUCUGGGUGCUGGUGCUUCAAGCCCGCAGGAAGGCCAAGUCUGAGAACAAGCUGCGCGACCGGCCCAGCGACUUGCGGAGCUUCCUAACCAUGUUUGUGGUGUUUGUGAUCUUCGCCAUCUGCUGGGCCCCCCUCAACUGCAUUGGCCUUGUUGUAGCCAUAAACCCAGAACAAAUGGCUCCCCAGAUCCCGGAGGGACUCUUCGUCACUAGCUACUUCCUGGCUUAUUUUAACAGUUGCCUUAACGCUAUUGUCUAUGGGCUCCUGAACCAGAACUUCCGCAGGGAGUAUAAGAGAAUCCUCUCCUCCCUCUGGACACCACAGAGAUGCUUUGCGGAGGUUUCCAAGGGCAGCCACGCAGAGAGGCUGCAGAGUCAAGCGCCACCUGUAGGGCCCUGCACCCUGUUCAGGCAGAGGGACUCCAGUCUGGUCAGAAGCACACUCAGUAGCUGUCCAAAAUUCCCCUGA